UCUUUUUUCUUUUCUUUUUUCUUCUUUUUUUCCAAAAUCAGGGAAACGAUCUUUUGCGUGUCAGGGAGGUUGUGAUCCUUGACACGGGCUUAACGUCUCAUCCGACGGACAUAAAAGUUAAAAAUAUGUAAACAAGAAAAGGAACUAUAACAUUCUGUGUAUAUAAGCUGUUGUGACAUUAUAAAAGGAGUCAUCUUUUUUCUGUAAAAAAAAAAUUGCAUUCUUAUAAGAAUUGUAUAAUUAUAUGACGUCAACAUUUGUAAAAAGUUCUGCGUUGACUGUAGAUUAUUAAAAAGUCUACUUCGUAUGGUAAUAUUUCAAGAUCUUUCUUACCUCGGUGUAUAUAUACACUUGUACCUUUCUCUUGUCGGGCACAGUAGCCUAGUAGAUAGGACAUUCGCAUCGUAACCAGAAGGUCCUGGAUUUGGUUCUCGAUCCCGGCGCCGACUUUUAAUAUAGGUAGUGGUAGCUGCUUUACAAAGCGUCCGGUACUAGAAGAGAGUCAGCAGGUUUUAAGUUCUGACUGGUCAAUGUAAUAAACAUUUAUAAGUUUAUAAUGUCAUUCUUAUUGGUUCUGAAAUAAUGAUAAGAAUAUUUGAACUAUAAAAACAAACAUGGCUCAUGUACUUAACCAUUAGUCUCUAAUACCAUCAUGAAGUAAUAAUCCUGAGAAAUUUUUUUCUGCAUAUAUAUUUAUGGAUUAAAUAACAUGUGUCAAUUCAGAGUUUAAUUUUAUUAUUGACCAAUCAGAACUUACCUUUCGAUUCAGUGCGAUUAAACCGGAAGUAAGACAGUCUAGCGAAAUUCUUAGGCACUUGAAGGUGUAAAACAUCUUUUUCUUCGAAUGACCGGCAUUGGAGCGGAACGAAACCGUACAGAUAUUGAAAGUAAGGUAUAUGUGAACGAUUCAUCGCGUCAGACCGUUUGAGAAACGCCCACAAUAACCCAAACCCGAAUUUGCCUCAAAAAGAGUGUCCUACCCUUCCUUUUUUUAUACAUGCAAUACUACAUGUAUAUAUUUACAUUAACUUCCAGUGCCCGUGACUACAGCCAAAAGCAUGCAUGCAUAGGCCAAAAUCUGUUUCUUCACCUCGAAAUGGUGAUGUCUGCUACAGAAGUAAAAUAUUCUCAAGUGGGAAUUAAAAUAGACUACAGACAAACCAAAGCAUUUGCCUUAAAUCAAAUCUAAGUAUCAACACAAUUAUGUAGAAAUACCGACACUGGAAAAAAAUUAUAUGCAUGCACCAUUAAAAGAUGUAAACAAUGAGAUAUACGGUAAUAGGGAGGGUGUGAAGAGAGUACUCAGAAAGGGAGAUAAAUAUCGUAUUGCUAGUCAGAAAUCUCCCAAGAUCAAGGAUGUUAACAGAUUCUGUUUUUUGACAUCUAUUUCUAAACACUUUCAGUUUGUGCACUUCAUUUACUAACGUGACUCUUUUGUGUACAUUUUGUAAUCUCGUAGGCACUUACGCGAUAUUUUAUGACGCAGGCAGUCGAGACGACAUGAGAAGCAAGUUCUUUCCACUCAUUUACAUACAUUUAUAGUAUAAGAUAAUUUGUGUUGUAAACGACAAUAGUUACAUUUUGAAGGGGGUAUUGCUUUCCAAUAUUGUCCCUCAGUUAAGUAUUAGACGACCUGAAUACAUCGUGGGUAGGUAAGAGCUCGAUUGUAUAUGAUAUAUUGUAUAUGAUAUAUUGUAUAUGUGCGGAGUCAGAAUUUUUCUUAGGGCAAGUCCAAGGAGAAAGGAUACGCCCUAUGAAUUUGAAUAACAUACAAAUAGGGAGACAUAUCUAUUUUUGACCCACCUUACGAUGGGGACACACACUUAGUCCGCCGUUUGGAUAUCGAUCAUUUAGUCUUGAUUUGGUGUACAUUUUCGAAGAGAUAUGGUAAGUCUACGUUUUCAAAACAUUUAAAUCUUAAUUCGUCAGAUGUAUUAGAGUAAUCGAGUAAAAAAGACGCAUUGAUUUGAACGGGUCUUUCCAUGCUAUAGAAUGAUGCCAUUGAUUAAUGCUAAACAAUUCCAAGUAGUCAAAAGCUAGUUUUAUCUCUCCUUCGAUGAAAUAGAAUACUUGAAAAUAUAAAUAAUAAAUGUAUCAACACUAUUAAUAGGUUAUGAAAUCACACUUAACACGUGACGAAUUAAUCCUAGCAGUGGAAAUGAAAUUCAACGUGAUCAAAAUUUUAUUAGGGUUAGAUGAAUUAGUGAUUUAGCAGUAAGAAACAGCUAAAUUUUCGUGAAACCUAUGUAUAAUUUAGCAGGUUGUGAGAAUUAUGAAAUCGGAGAUUGCUGAAGUACACAUGUAGAAGAUUUUACGCCUGCGAAAACGAUAUGACACCAAAACCUGAUCUAGCAAUGAAUAUAUAAUGUAGUUCUUAAUCCCGUGCUCAAGGGUCUCUAUGAAGUCUCCUUUGUCCUUUAGGAAAAAUAUAUUUAUAUCAAUACUCCAUGAUUCACUGUCUUGAUAAUGCGCAUGCGUGUAAAAAAAAAAAUCGUGUUUUUUAUAAAGGAAAUUUCCCUGUUACAGUGAUUUUCGUCAAUUUAGAUGCAUUGUUUAAGUACAAACUUUGCAAAAAUCGCAAGUUUAGAACGUAAAAAAAAUAAUAAUAAUAAUAAUCCAUUUUUUUUCCCAUAAAAUCAAAGAUUUCAUUUUGACCCUUAAGAAAAAUAAAGAUAACCCUUCAUGCGUGCGCAUGCGCAGAUAAUUUCUCAAACGUUGAAGAUCUUGCUUUUCCAUUUGAAUUGAUGAAAGACGACUUUGAACAGGUAAAUUUCGGUACUUACGAAUGUUUCAGCUCUUAGAUGUUUGCCAUGAUAGAUAUAUUCAAUAUUUUUUUCCUUAUCAACUCUAUAGUAGAAUUUUGAGUUCAUAGGUCAAUGAUGUCUAGAACAGUUGGCAGAACUUGGCGGACAGGCGGGUAUCGUGUCGACUGUUGAUUCACCGAAACCGACAUGUGUUGAUUUUUUUUUUAAAAGCAAAAUUAAAUGCUAACUGAAAACGUCUUGUAUAUUUUCAGUUUAUUAUCAAACAAACUCAAUUGAAAGAAACUUCGAACCUUGCCGCCAAUAAAAAGAAUCCUGUGACCACGUGAUCGAUUUGCUACUCCUUUUUAUGUUCUCACUUUACGUAACAUGGUUGUAAAUGCAGAUAUCAUGGAAUUAAAUACGCGUUCUGUGUUGACGUAAAUGUGUUUAUGUUGACAUUGUUAGGAAGAUGAUAGUUGCCAAUAUAGUAAGAAAAAUUACAAGACGCAAAAGCAUGUCAUUUAUUUUUCCCCAUGCUGGCGACCUUCGUAUCCUUAGUAAUAACAAGAAAUCACAUUUAAUUAAUUGUUUGGAUGUUAUAUAAUUCAAUGCACGUCCGAUCGAAUAAAAAUAAAAAAAUAAAAAAACAAGUUAUGUAUACUUAUCAACAGUUUGGUUAUAUAAACAUGACAACCAGCAAGAUUGUUGGAUAAUUUGUCUAAGAAUUGCUGCUACAUGUAAUUAAUAUUAACAACCUUUGAGUAUUGCGUAGUUUUUAACCUUCUAUAGAUAUACAAAAACGAUAAUGCCUGUACAAAGCUUUACAUAGUGAUUGAAUGACAGUGCCCCUUUAACUACCAGAGGAAAGGGCCUUUUUACCAUUGCGAACUAAUAUUUCCUCACCGGUGUCUAUUAUAAUGCACAGCAAUAAUAUUCUCUAUUACUUAACGUUUUGUGUGCAGAUUGAUAAAUGCGAGGUAUUUUUAUAAUGAUGAGCAAGUCGUGCCUUUGUAUAUGCGAGCGUGUGAAAGAAAGCGAGAGUGAAUUACUUUCCUAUUUCUCUAAAGAGGGUACCUCCAGAAGCGUAAUAAUACAGUUGAUGUAUUCAUCGGAUGUGUAAUGUGGAUAGCAAGCGCACUUAAUCCGAGUGGACGACAAAAUCCGGUAUCUAGGGAAAAGGUAUGUACGUAAAACACCAGUGUAAUUUCGGUUUAAAUCUUUAAGAAAAAUUCUAUUCAAUUUUUUUUUUAAAUGUUUAAAUGUAUUUGAUUAUUAUUACAUUGUAUAUAUACCGUCCAUAGCGUUUAGAAAAAGCUCUUAUGAAAUUGUGAAGGUCAUUAUCUUAUACCUGCAUGCAUACAAUUCAAACUUUAAACCUGUUUAAAAUAUUAACAAAGGACAAUUCUAUUUUUUUUUUAAAGAAAAUCUCUUCCCGUUUUCGUAUUCAGAUUCAAACUUUGUUAACAUUUACACAGAAAGCUUUUGUUAUCAAAGUACAUAUCCUCAGUCAAACUUGUUUAAUUAUCAUAGUAAGCAUCAGAUUGCGUAUUCAGAUUCUUUAUUUCCUUAAGCUAUACAGCCCAUCGGUUAUAAAUACAAAAUAUUUACAAAUAUAUACAAAUAAGACAGUAGAGGGUGAGUAGACAUACAGAUACAAUUUUCAGGAUAUAAAACCAAUGCAUUUCAACAUACAUAUAACAAUACACGUGAAUAAUAUCUUGUCCUUUUGAUUAAUGCUCGUAUUGGACAGAGUAGAUAUCAGUUUGCUUGGCAUUUCACAAAAUAUAAUGCUUAAUGAGUUCUUUGCACGUUAAUGAUAGCAAUGCAACCCUUUAAAUACGUGUAUUUACAAUACUAUCUUCUCAAAUAAAAGGAUAAUUAAAUUUUUAGUAAUACAUAUAAAACAUCAUUUUGAAACCCUGAAGGGUAUCAUAUUCCAUUAUGUUUAAAAUGAUGGAUCAAAUUUCGAUGUUACACAACUAUUAGGUAAUAAUUAUCUUUAUUAUGUUAAUUGCAUGCUUAAAUUGUAAAUUGAUGUGCUCUUAACUAAAUUGACAUACUUGGUAAUUUAUAGCGACAAUUUAGCUCACCUGGGCCGAUGUUAGCUUUUUUGAUCAAUUUUCGCUCGGUGUUUGUCCGUCUGUCUUUCUAUCUGGAGUAAACUCUUCACAUUUUCAUCUUCUCGAGAACCACAGAGCUAAUUCUAAUAAAACUGGCCACAAACCAAGCAAAAGUUACAUUCAUGGAUUCAACUUUGUUCAAAUGAAAAUAUCUCCCCUUACAUUCAGAGAUUAUUAAAAAAUAGCAAAAAUAGGGUAGGGCGUUGUUGUUGUUUUUUUAAGUCAAAAUGUUUUCUCAAGACUCAUGUGACCAGAAACGUUUUAACAUUUUAUGAAAACUCCCUUACCUCUAGAUGAGUUCAGUGUGUUCAAACCAUGAAUCAAGGAAGGGUGACAAUCGAGGUUCAAGUUUUUAUUUAGGUAUAUAUUGUACAAUUAUUGACAUUUUUGAGGUCCACACCUGAAAGGUACCCUAUUCAUCGAGCCAUUUAUAGGAUAAUUUGUCUCGAGACCCAGACACAAAUUACUAUGUACGUACUGGCAUGUACAUAUGUAAUAAAGAUUCAGACAUGUUCACUACAUGGUCCUUAAGUGUAGAACCACUAGAGGGGUUUAAAGUAUUACAAGUCAAUUUAUAGUGCACCAAUAACCACUGAGAUACAAUGUCAUCAAAAUGAAAUACAUCAAACAAUGGAUUGUUAACACCAUGAUCGCCAUCUAGUGGGACCACAACUGGGUUUCAAAACUCCUUGAAAAAUUUUUUUCUCAAAGAACCACUAAAAAUAACCAACAUGUCAAAUUAAAAUGCAAGGGAUGUCAUGUAAAUAAUGUAAAUGUAAAUUAAAGGGUUUUUUUUCUUAUUGUGACCUAUAAGACCACAGACAAACUUUAAAGCUUUACCCAGAAAUAUGUUUAAAUUCUUUUUUAGAAUGUGUCUUACAAACUACAGAUGUACAAUAUGUCGAAUUGAUUGUAAACAUACACGUGUAGUGUAGAUUCAGAUUUGUUUACGUCAUGACCCUCGUAGUCAGGGUAGAGUCAUAAAUGGAAUUUACUGUUUAACAUGGGAAAAUACAACUCUGCAGAUGAGCGUUGUGACCCAUGGGCCUCUUGCGUGCUUGUUACGUCAGCAGCACAUCAGAAAUUGCAUUGUUUAGAGCAUAAACAGGCAAGUAUUUAAAACAUAUGACAUUCCAUCGCAUUCCACGAAGGAGUUUUGUUUGGACGUUUCUAUUGCUGCUAACGAUUGGGCAACAGGCAGAGCCUAUGUACAGGCCCUCUCUCCCAAAUACAAAGGUCAAGUACAAAGAAAUGGAGAUUCUGCUGACCAGUAUUGGAGUAGGAUUCAUCUUGAGUGCUGUAAGCCGACCAGUGACGAGCGAUAUCACGGUGUUCAGCAAUGCCCGUUUUGUUUCCAGGUCCUAUGCCAUCUAUUUUCUUUGCAUGGUCGCUAUGGGUUAUGCCGCAAAUGCAAGGGAAGAGAUAUUAAAAGAAAUAUUUACCGGUUACGAUGGGAAAAUUCCACCAAAUUAUGACAACGAUACACCUGUCAACUCGUCUGUGCAGCUUUAUAUCAUCAGCAUAGACUCCAUCAAUGAGGCCAAAAUGGAUUUUUCUAUGAGUUUCUUUCUGCGACAAAGAUGGAUCGACAACCGGAUGAAUUAUACACCUACAUUUAAUAUGACACGUCUGGAACUUGACACGAGACGAAUGGCGGAUGUUUGGGUUCCUGACCUCUAUUUCGUGAACGAGAAGAAAGCAGACGUCCAUGACGUGACUGUCCCUAACAAGCUGAUGCACAUCUACCCUAAUGGCCUCAUUGUAUACAGUAUGAGGGUCACGGGAGUGUUUACAUGUAAUAUGGACCUUCAGAAAUAUCCUCUGGACGACCAGACGUGCAAGAUUGAUAUGGAAAGCUAUGGGUACAGCACAGAAACGUUGGUGAUGCGCUGGCACCCGAGCCCAGUGGAAACAUCCGAGGGUCUGCAGUUACCUCAGUUUGAACUCCAGAACAUCACUGAAUACAUCUGUGACGUUACCUACGCAGGAGUCACAUACACGUGUUUAAGAUUGGAAUUCAAACUUCACCGAACCUUGGGUUUCUACAUCAUUCAAGUCUACGUACCGAGCUGUCUCAUUGUCAUUUUGUCGUGGGUCUCUUUUUGGUUAAAUGUAGAUUCAACUCCAGCCCGAAUUUCCUUAGGGCUUUUGACAGUGUUGACCAUGACAACACAGAGUUCAGGGGCCAAAGCAUCGCUUCCUCGAGUCUCGUACGUGAAGGCCAUAGACAUAUGGAUGUCAACUUGUUUAUUGUUUGUUUUUGCUGCUUUAAUCGAAUUCGCAUAUGUGAAUGUGUUAGCAAGAGUCGAACAGCGCAGGGGAAGAUCGGUUACGUCACAGUUAAACGAAACAAAAGAAGAUCAAGAAGACGAAAAGGAAAGUGGAAAGUUGUGGUGUUUCAGAAAUCUCGAGGACAGGGAGCGUGCGCGAUUGGUGGAUAAAAUAUCACGUGUUGUAUUUCCUGCUGUCUUUAUAGUGUUUAAUAUCAUUUAUUGGCUAGUUUACGUGUUUUGGGAACCAGAUUAACGACCAAUUCAAUUGUAUGAGAGUGAGCGACAUGAACACGUGUGAAACCUAUGUAAUGAUACUGAUAUUUAGUAUUAGACAAUCACAUUCAAUCAUAUCUUUCAAAAGAAUUUCAUCUAUGUCCCAAUGAUAUACCUAACCUCUCUUUCGGUGCGUGUAAUAACUUCUGGAGGGUCUAAUGUCUUUCAGAAAGUGAUAUCACUAAGUCUAUUUAUUGUUCACAAAGAAUGAAAACGUGGAUUGCCUGUUGAAUCUUCUUUUACUUUCUAAGGUACUAAAAUUAUUUGAAUAUAUAUGACAGAAAAUUAUUUGAAUAUGUACGACAGAAAAUUAUUUGAAUAAUUAUGCAUGAUGGAAAAACAGAUGGAGGCUUUAGAAGGCUACAUGUAAUUUGAAGCAAUGAUUUAAAGCACGCAAAGUAGAGCGGACGUGAUGAAUGUGAUUACGUUGUACUACUAGUUCCGUGGAAUGGAUCCAAGAUAUUUUACUAGGAGAAGCGAGAUCCGACCACCCCCACAUUUACCACGAGACAAGUAAAACAAAAUCUACGUGCUAACAGGCACUCUCCACAGACAAAUAGCGGACAAAUAAUGAUGUUGGAAAAUGCAUGAAUGUACAUGUAGUCGUCUGAGACGUUGUUAGUUUUUACUAACAUGCAGUGACAGUCAACGAAUGUAUGCAAAAUCAACUAAAACAACAGGUCUAUAGCAUUAUUGCUAAAGGACAAAAAUGUCCUUGAAAUAUAGCAUUAUCAAAUUGACAAUAUUUUACAUUCGCGGUUGUGAUUUUGUAUUUAAAAAUAUUGAAAGGUAGUUAUGACGAGGUCCCAAACGCCCUGGAUCCGCUCCUCAGUCACAUGUAGUAGCUUUUAAAGUUCCUGAAAUACGAUGCUUUAUAUUUAUUGUAGUACAUCAAGGAUGCUUAUAGGCAAACACUUUGAAGAAAAAAAACUUCAUGUAACUUAUAUAUACUCUAAGUAUUUAUAUAGGUGCCUGUUUUACAAUGUUUAUGUGUUUGUAUUUACAAUUGUGGUAUUUCUUAAUAUUUAUACAUACAUGAAUAAACAUACCAGAAACAAA